GAGAAGGGGAUCAGGACUGGGGCAGAGGGUUGGGGUGUGGUGAAAGGCUCAGGGAUGCAAGCUCCAAGUAACCCCCGACCAUGCUAGAGCACCAGAGUGGGGCCAUGCAGCUACUUCCAGGAGCUGUGUGGUGCAGCCCCCAACCCUGCGCCCUGGAGUGAAGCCAUGCCAUGCCACGCCACGCCACCUCGGCUGGAGCGGGACCAAGCCACAUGGUGCGGCUCCCCUGGCUGGAGCGGGGCAAGCCCUAGACUCUGCUCCCCAGCGGGAGCUCAGGGGCCGGCUUAAAACGGCUCGGCUCGUGGGUCGUAGUUUGCCCGCCCCUGGAUUAGGUUGUUACCAGACAAAUAUGUGCUGCUAUUGACCAUCCAGUGGAACUUUCCUUAAUUUUUGCUGGGCAAAUUCUUUCCCCUCAUUCUUUCUUUCACUUUCUCAUGCAUUCCUCAUCUGUGUGAGUUUCAGCUCCUUCUGCCUCUGUAUUUUAGAGGAUGUGAGGGUAGGAGUUGGGGAGAGGACUUCUGUUGUUUCUGUUUUGUGCUCCUUUCCUUUUGAGGUGUUGGUGGGGGUGAGGAGCUUGGGACAUGGUUCUUUCUCCCCCCCCUUCCCACACCCGAUAGUGGUCUUUCUCAGCUGCUUGUCACAGUAGUUUUCCUUCGUAGGAGCAGCAGAGGAGGGAAAAUAACAUGACUUCAGUUGUUUUCAUUUUGCUGGUGGGGAUAUGCUAUACACAGGAGCAACAGAGGCAGAGGUAUGAUGUCUCGUGGUUAUAGAUGUUGGGGUGACAAUGGACUGUAUAGCUUCUCUCUGUUGAUUGGCUUUGGGGGGAUCAUACCUGUUCCUCCACUGCCCUGAAUGUAGCCUGUCCCCAUCAUGAAUAGUGGAAGGAAACUUACUGGGAUAAUUGUAAUUUUCACUCGGCUGCUGCUACUCUUGUUAAUGGAAAUUUUAGUAGGGUUCAGGGAUUAACCCGUAUUUCAUGUAGAGCACACGUCUGUGAUCAGUACAGCUGUGCCUGAAGAUUGCCAGCAGGAUCCAACAAUGUGGGAAUAGCACUAAUGUUUUUGGACAGGGCUGUAAAUGCCCACUCCUCAUUUGAACUUGAGGUGAUUCAUGGCAGGGGACUUGGAAGGGUUUAGCUCCUCCAUCCAUGAUACCAGUGUCUCUGCUGGGUUCAGAGCACUGUAUGAGGAGGGAUUGCUUCUUGACGUCACUCUUGUCAUUGAAGACCACCCGUUUCAGGCCCAUAAAGCAUUGCUUGCCACCCAGAGUGAUUACUUCAGGAUUAUGUUCACAGCUGACAUGAGGGAGCGAGAUCAAGAUAAAAUCCAUUUGAAAGGUCUGACUGCCACAGGAUUCAGGCACGUCCUGCAAUUCAUGUACUACGGAAACAUUGAACUGAGCAUGAACACUGUUCACGAGAUUCUGCAGGCUGCCAUGUAUGUUCAGCUCAUAGAGGUGGUGAAGUUCUGCUGCUCUUUUCUUUUAGCAAAAAUCUGCUUAGAAAACUGUGCAGAAAUUAUGAGACUCUUAGAUGAUUUUGGUGUAAACAUCGAUGGAGUCAGGGAAAAGUUGGAUUCCUUUCUGCUAGAGAACUUUGUGCCACUCAUGUCCAGACCUGACUUCUUGUCCUAUCUGAGCUUUGAAAAGCUUAUGUCUUAUUUGGAUAACGAUCAUCUGAGCAGGUUUCCAGAGAUAGAGCUGUACGAGGCUGUUCAGGCUUGGCUGCGGCAUGAUAGAAGACGCUGGAGACAUACCGACGCCAUCAUUCAGAACAUCAGGUUUUGUUUGAUGACACCAUCCAGUGUUUUUGAGAAGAACAGGUGUGGCGUGUUUUCCCAUUCUAACCUGCCAAUGUGGCUAGACCCUGUCCUGGAGGAGCCACCUUUUAGUAUGAGAAAGGUAAAAACAUCAGAGUUUUAUCGAUACUCUCGGCAGCUGCGGCAUGAAGUUGACCAAGCCAUGAAUUACUUUCAUAGUGUUCACCAGCAGCCUUUGAUGGAAAUGAAAUCCAACCGUAUUCGUUCUGCCAAACCCCAGACUGCAGUAUUUAGAGGAAUGAUAGGACACAGCAUGGUAAAUAGCAAAAUUCUUCUCUUGCACAAACCCAGGGUCUGGUGGGAACUAGAGGGCCCUCAAGUACCUUUACGACCAGACUGCCUUGCCAUUGUCAAUAACUUUGUAUUCUUGUUAGGAGGGGAAGAACUGGGCCCAGAUGGUGAGUUUCAUGCUUCCUCCAAAGUAUUUAGGUAUGACCCUAGACAAAAUACUUGGUUGCGAAUGGCAGACAUGUCUGUUCCACGCUCAGAGUUUGCUGUUGGUGUUAUUGGGAGAUACAUCUAUGCGGUUGCUGGGAGAACAAGGGAUGAAACAUUUUACUCGACUGAACGGUAUGAUAUCACUACAGACAAAUGGGAAUUUGUGGAUCCCUAUCCAGUCAAUAAAUAUGGUCAUGAAGGAACUGUACUCAGUAACAAGUUGUAUAUCACUGGGGGAAUUACUUCAUCUUCCACUUCUAAGCAGGUGUGUGUAUUUGACCCCAGUAAAGAAGGGACGGUGGAACAACGAACGAGGAGAACUCAAGUGGUCACAAAUUGUUGGGAGAACAAAUGCAAAAUGAAUUAUGCAAGAUGCUUUCACAAAAUGAUUUCCUAUAAUGGUAAGCUUUAUGUCUUUGGUGGUGUUUGUGUGAUCUUGAGGGCCUCCUUUGAGUCACAAGGGUGUCCUUCUACAGAGGUUUAUGACCCAGAUACUGAUCAGUGGACUAUUUUGGCUUCUAUGCCAAUUGGAAGAAGUGGUCAUGGUGUAGCUGUUUUGGACAAACAGAUAAUGGUUCUUGGAGGCCUUUGUUACAAUGGUCAUUACAGUGAUUCAAUUCUCACCUUUGAUCCAGAGGAAAACAAAUGGAAAGAAGAUGAAUACCCAAGAAUGCCCUGCAAGCUGGAUGGUUUACAAGUUUGCAGCCUGCACUUUCCCGAAUAUGUACUGGAGCAUGUUAGACGUUGCAACUAAAAAAACAAACAAAACAAAACACCCUCCCAACCCCAAUGAAACACAAAACACUAUGUCUAAUUUGACAGGAAAACAAAGCAGAUUUAAUUCAUUUAAAGACAUUGGCUUGUAUGUAAAAAAGCUAUUAGAUGCAUAGAGAAACGGGAUGUACAGGGAAUGCACCUACCAAGUUUAUUAGAAAUGCCAAUAACUGUGGACUCGUAUUGUAAACGUUUUGCUUUUUAUUUUUUUUAAACAAACACUGCUGUAUGUGAGGUGGAGUGGAGGGGGGGAGAAGAAAAAUCUAUUUUUCAGUGUGUUUACUUUUUUCCUUUUUCUUUGUGGCCUUUUAUGUCCAUGCAAUAAGUUUAUUCUGUAUAAUGGCCAUCACAGCAGCAUCCUUCUUGGAACCAGUUGAAUAAAAUGAUCUACUUAUGGGGAGAAGGGGGACAGAAGAAUAUAUAUUGUACAUUUUAAUUUUCAUUAAGUGUCAGGAUAGGAUUCAGCAGCCUUACUGGGGGAAUACCUGACUUAAACUCUAGUGACAAGGGUUUCAUUUUGUUCCUGUAAGUUGUGGUGGACAUUUUAUUUUCUCCAUUUAUGAGUACUCACAGUCCAGUUUGGUAGUUUGUUUGUUUUUCCCGUAAGUACAUUUUAAAAUGAUCUUAACCUUUGUGCAUGGCUUUUCCUUGGAUUUGUACAGUAGUAUCAGUAAGUCUGCCAAAAAAUGCAAGUUAUACAUUUCCUGUUAAACUGAUGAAGCAUUUUUAUACUCAAACACUAUUUCUAUGCUGCCUUCUAUUGUCUGCAUUGUGUUUGGUGGUGAGUAAAAUAUAUACACACACACAUGCAUACCCUGUAAGAUCUAUAUACAAUGCAUCUUUUUAUGUGCAAUUAGGGUAUUAUAUUUUUAACCAGGGCACAGAUUCAGCCGUGUCUGUUGAAUUUUAGAGAUGAUAGCAUUUUUUCUUGAAUUAAACAUUACACAGUCCUUAAGUAACUGGAGGCCUAGUUUGGUAUCAAAGAAGCCUGUCUUUGGUAUACACUGAUUCAUUCAGUAAUAUUUAAACUCUUUAUAUUAAUAAUAUGUAAUGAACUGUUAACAGUUUGACAUUUUAUAUAUUAUUUUAAAAAAGUAAAUACACCUUACCCAGUUACAGUCCUUCGCUUUUGAAUGUGUUGCCUUGUUUUUAAUAGAAAUCAGAAAUGUGUCCGUAAGCAAGCAUGAACACUACACUAACCUGCAGUUUUUUGUCAGACCUGGAUAUACUCUUAUUUUUAGGAAUGGCAUCGCUUGUAGUUGUGUUGAAGUGAUGUAAUCUAAUAUUUUUUGAAGCAUCAACUGAUAUGAACUGCUAUGUUCUAAAAAUAUGGGGUUAGGCAGUUGGGGACAAUGUUUACCAUUUCUGUAACCUUUAAAAUACAAACCUAUAGCUACUGACCUCAUACUUCCUGAAAUAAGACUUGUGAUCCAAGAGGGCUUGAAUAACUGCACCAUGUUUGAGCACUUUGUUAACUUGUUGACUUUUACUGACUGUAGAUUGGUGAGACUCUCCACCAAGAUAAACACUAUUAUAAAAGUAAAGCAUUAAAAUCCUAGUUCUUUCACACUGGUGUGAAAUUAGCCUCUUCUGGAGUCAAGAGGGAAAAGAUUUCCUCUCUAAAAUUUGAGGCCAACACUGAGCUCAAAUAUGCAGGGACAGACUGCUGAUGUAAGCUUGUAAAAUCAUCUGCUGACAUGAAACUCUGUAACAUUAGAUUUUACAAGAUAUGCAGUAAUGGUUGAGAAUCCAUUUCUGUUUCAGCAUCUCCCAGCCAGAAGUCACUGUAGAAAAGGAAUGUACAGUACUCAGGGAGUUCAAAAGAAUGCACUUAUAAGGGACCAAAUACACCCUAAAUUUGCUAUGAUAAAUAGCAACAAGUUUGUUUGGCUAAAUGAAAUUAGAAAUGAAUAAUGGAUAUUAAAAUGUUUUGUGAAAUGCACCAUGCUGACAUUUAAUGGUAUCUUUGUUUUCUUGUAGUAAUGUUCUUUCAAGUUCUGGAUUGAGAGAGAUGGGAGGACAUGGAGUUACAUUGCAAGUUAGCAGAUUUUAUUUUUUUAAUUAGCAAUAAUUUAGCAAAGCAGAGUUGGUUACUGUAAUCUUUGAUCAAAAGAGAAUUUACACCACCAUAGCUGGAAUGAUAAAGGAUGUCUAAGUCAGAGAUGGCUGGACCAAAUGUUCACAUUCAGUCUUUUGGUGCAGACCACAGCUUGCAGUUAAAUGUAAUUCUUUGCUUAUUAUUUUCCUAUAUUUUUCAAUUUACAAGUACAGAAUUUAAUUUGUUUCACUUAGUAAUUUGAACUACAACCUUUCUGGUAUAAGCCAAGGCUCCAGCCUUUGCCAUGAGAUGUGUGCAGAUGGAUCCCUGCUGCCAGGCGGGGCACCAUUGACUUUUUGAUGGGCCCUGCUCAGGUGCAGGGUUUCUGCCUGUGUAUAUUUUAUUGCAGAAUCAGGGUUCAAGACAAGUUAUCUUAUUUUUACUCCUGUUUUGAUCUUUUUGUUACUUAGCCCAUUUUCUGACAUGUUGUUAUGUGAAUGGGACAGCAAAGAUUAGUAGUCCUGCUGUCUAGGUAGGCUUGUACAAGCCUAUCAUGUGUAAUAUUGAGCAUUUCACCCUGCUACCUAGGGGUGAGCUGGGGAACCAUUGUUGAUCUGGAAAUUUGGUCUUCCAUGAUUUAAGUAUAACAGGCUAAAGAGAGGUUUCAGAGUAACAGCCGUGUUAGUCUGUAUUCGUAAAAAGAAAAGGAGUACUUGUGGCACCUUAGAGACUAACCUCAUGCUCAAAUAAACUGGUUAGUCUCUAAGGUGCCACAAGUACUCCUUUUCUUUUUAGGCUAAAGAGAGAAGGCCAAGAUUUUACAAAAAUGGGUAUCUAAAGUUAUGUUCCUAAAUCUGUAGUUCAGCACCUACGUAAGUGGCCUGAUUUUUCUAAAAUGCUGAGCACCCUGCAGCUCCCUCUAAAGGCAAAGGGAAUGCUGGAUGCUUGGUACUCUUGAAAACAAGGCUAGUUAUUAGGUGCUUAUGCCCCUUAGACCAUAUUUAACUUCAGGCACCCAGUUUUUACAAUCUUGUUUAAGGCCUGUAAUACUAGUUACUUUGUGAAAUUCUAACUUGAACUAAUUAUUGGUUUCAUCUUCAGCUGAUGUGUUGGCUGUAAACAUUUGAGAAUUAUUGGAAUUUGCUUGGUUCAGAAUGUCUGGGAGGCUGGAGAAUGUUUUGUAACAUACAUUUCUACCAUGCUCAUUAUUUCAGUCAAUAAAUAUAUAAUUAAUCCACAUUAUCUUUUACAUUGUGAUGUAGCUUUUGAAAAAAAAUUAAUUUUUGAUAUAGCUUAGAGGGAUGUUUUCUUUUUCACUAAACCAUUUUGUGUGCAUUUGCCUUUAGUACCCAUGCUCCUUUGUCAGUGCUUAAACAAAAACAAACAAAAAAAUCAAGGCUAGUUAAUCAGAGACUUGCAUGUCAUCAUUGAGAUCUUUUGAAUAUGAUUAUUAUAUUAACUCGGGGUUUUUUUUGCCACUUAAAUGUGCCCCUAGUUAAUGAGGAGAAAGGUAAACCCUAACCCUUUAUAGUAAAAUUGCUCAUUUAUCUCCCCCAUUCCUUUUUUUUACUUUUUAAAACUUGGCACACAGCCUGCUUUUAAACAGCAACAGUACUCAACGUUGUAAAAAGGGACAGACAUACUUAGUCCAAUCUCUGUUUCUCAAUUUAAAAAAAAGUUCGUGUUGGGUUCUUGUCUAGCUGUCUGUUUCCUUCCUGGUUCUAGGAGGAACCCUGUUUUCUUAUUAGGGGCCAGAAGCUGCAAAGUGCUGAGCACUUCAUGAAAUGUGCUGAGUACCAUCAGUUCUCAUUGGGAGCCCAGCAUGCUCAAUACCAGGCAAGUUUGCAAAAGAACUCAGUACCUAUUUAAGCACCAAAGUAAGUGGCCAGAUUUUCAAAAUUAAGCCAUUAGCACUGGGUGCGCUGAGCACUUGUGAAAGUCUGGCUGUAUAGAUUCAGCUGGAAGGAGGCAAUUACUGAUUCUGUAGAAAGAGGCAACUACUAUUUCAGAAAGCUCACUAGCCUGAGGGACCUGUGGCAAUUCAAGGCCUGAUGAUUUUGCUGUCUACUUUCGUAUGCUUUAUGCCAUUGGAAAGCUUAAAAUCCCUGCUUUUCAGUGCUAUAUAGCAGUCACUAAUUCCUAGUCCUAGUGGUUUGUGACUUUAACACUCUUGGGGUAUGCCUACAUAGGGAUAAAAGACCCAUAGCAUGGCCGCAGCUAGCCCAGGUCAGCUGACUCGGGGUCAGGCUGCAGGGCUAAAAAUCAUUGUGUAGACAUCUGGGCUCAGGAUGAAGCCCGAGCUCUAGGACCUUCCACUCUAUACAGAGAUUUUUUUUCAGCCCUGGAACCUGAGCCCCGCAAGUCCAAGUCAGUUGAACUGGGCCAGCUGUGAGUUUUUUAUCUCUGCAUAGGCAUAACCUUUGGGCUCUGAGACAUGCAGUCCUGUCAUCUUGCUCUUGGGACCUUCUUUCUGCAGAAGCAAAUGCUGCCUUUUUACUGAUAAUAUAAUAAUCAUCCACAUCCAAGAUGGAGCUUCUUCCUACACUCAGGAAGCAAAGGAUAAAAUUAAAUGUACAAAUUAAAUUAGGUUAAAAACCAUACAUUACCAAUACUGGUCUUUAACUCAACGUGACCACUUCGUAAAGUGCGGGUUGGCUUGAGGGUAUAUCAUCAGCUGCUUUUUCUGAAAUACACAAUUCUGCACCUUAUGUCUUUUGUUUCAUAAAGGACUAACUGAAGAAAAAUCAUGCAUUUUUAAAAUGGGGAUGUCAUUGACAGGAAUGUUUUGCCUUUAUUGAAAUAUUUUUUUCUUGACAAAAAAAAUAGGGAAUUGGGCUUCAAUUCUUCAGACAUAGGCAUGUUUUUAGCUUUACAUAGAUGAGUAGUCCAUUGAAGUAAAAUUAAAAGCUAUGCCAACUAUUUAAAAGUCUAUUCACAUGUCAAGUUAAGCGUGUGCCAAAAUGUCGGUAGGAUUGGAGCCUUAGAGAGAAUUUACUUUCCCUCUACCUCUGUCCAAUAUAGUACCUUGUGAAUUUAUUCUAGUAAGCAUGUUAUGUCACAGUUAAAACACUCAAGUUGUAUGGAAAGGGUAAAGGAGGAAACACAAAAGGAAAGAUAUGUUAGCUAUUUAAAACUAAGUUUUCCAAUGUUUUAUAAGUAACAGUUUGAGAUUUUAAUGUUUGUAAGACAAUCUGAAAAAGUUUAAAAUAAACACUAGUGACUACUUUUGUUAUGGCAUCUGUAUUUUAUUUUUCUUGGAUUGCUAAAUCUACAGUUUCAGCAUGUGUAAGCUGUUAAAACAAGUACACACUACAUUUGAAGUAAAACUAAAAAAAUUAUGCUGAUGGCAUCUGUAAUCUUAACAAAAUAUAGUACUGUUAAACAGGUGGCAGAAAAAUAGACUGCUGAGCACAGCUUCCCUGGACUUCCCCUCUCCCCAAAUUUCAGCACAUGUUUCUGUGCUUUUUAAAAAAGUUUGCAGUACCAAAUUCAAAUAAUAUUUAGAUUAUAAUUGAGUUGGUAGCUGGGGGAAAACCACUUUCUACUUGCAAGUGAUAUUCCUUAUAUAGCGCAUGGGGGAAAGAAAGGUUGGUGUAAACAUAAAAAAUGAAAUGUUACAUAGAACUGCAGUAAUAGCUAUACUUUUAUAGAAGGUUUUUAUUUCCUCAGUGAACCCUCCUAACUAACAUUUAAUGCAGGUCAUGGGAAUAGAUGGAGGGAAUAGCAAACCUCCCAGUCUGAUUUUCUCUUUUCCUAUGUAUUAUUUUGCAGAGCUUUAAAAAAUGAAUUCUCAUAAAUUGAAGAAUGUAAUUUCACUGUAGUUUCAUAACUUUCCAGUCCUGUAUGAGAUGGUUGUGUUUUGAAAAGAAUGUUUCCAGUAAGUUGAUGGAAAAAGUUAUUUGCGAGUUCUUCUGUGUGUGCUGUAGCAAUUGGAAGUAGUCUGCCUGUUUAAAAACAAAUAUAGAGAGUUUUUAUGUACAUUUUUGGUUAAUUGUCUAAUAUUCACCCCAAGGCUGCUAUAAAAUUCUUAGAAUAAUUUAAGGUUUGCCUUUUAUAACUAUUUUAAAAAGCCUUUGGUUUUUGGCAGAAGUUAACUUUUCCUAGCUAUGGAUACAAUAUGUUCAGACGUGUAUGUGCUCUGUUCUGUUUUUAAACUGAAAAAAUGUACAAACUGUGUAUAAGAAAAGUGUAAAUAAAAUAUUUUUCAUCUUUAA